AUGCACAACGAAGAAGCUCGACCAGAAAACGAAGAUGGUGGCGAGCCCGACGACUCUCCUGGGCCAUUCACAGCCGAGGUGAUGAACUUCGUGCUGUCCAAAAGGUUCACCCUACCAACCACCUUAACCCCAUACGACGGGUUAGGCGAUCCAAAGAAAUACAUCAAAAAGUUCACAUCCAUAAUGAUAGUAAAUGGUGCAUCUGAUAAAGUUUUAUGUCAUUAUUUUCCAUCUUAUUUAGACGGUCUUGCACUUGAUUGGUUUUGUUCUUUGCCUGCAGAUUCUAUUUCUCGUUUUCGAGACCUGUCAAAGCUGUUCGAGGAGCAUUUUGCCGAAUCAGCUAUCUACCUGCAUGAUUCUAAGUACUUGAACACAAUCAAACAAGGACAGCAUGAAAUCCUAAAAGAUUAUAUGACGCGCUUCACAAAGGUGGCUAUGAGUAUACUAGAUCUCCACCCUGAAGUGGAAUUGCACGCCAUCAAAAGCGGACUCCGACCAGAAAAUUCCCAGGAAGCUAUUGCUGUAGCGAAACCUAAAACUAUGGCCGAGUUCCGUGAAAAGAAGAAAGGGCAGAUUGACAUUGAAGAACUCCUACAAGCUCGGAAAAUAGAGAAACCCCAGUACAGAAAAGAUGAUAAAGCACAGGAUAGCAAGAAAAAUUUCAAGCCAACUCCCCGUUAUGAAUCAUAUACUCAGUUCAAUACAAAGCGCGACGACAUCAUUAAGGAGAUCCUCAAUUCCAAAUUAAUCAAACCUCCGCGGAAGGCCGGCAACUAUCCAGACUCAAGGAGUCCAGACAAAUCGAAGUAUUGUACUUUUCAUCAGAAGCACAACCAUACUACUGAUGAGUGUGUCAUCACCAAAGAUCUUCUAGAGCGACUAGCUCGACAGGGCCACCUCGACAAAUACAUCGGAGGCCAUAUGAAAUGA